AGGGAAAAGCAGUAGCGCUGACAUUCGCUUUGUUCCUAACGCUUUUUGCAUCUUUGGCAUUCCUUUUCAAUCGUGUCAUUAAAAAAAGAACGAAGCCAUUAACAAACCUUCCUCCCGACGGCUACGGGUGGCCAGUGAUCGGAGAAACACUGGAGUUUCUCCGAUUAAACCGGCAUGGCAAUAAGCCGCAGAAAUUUGUGAAGGACAGAAUGGACAAGUAUCAAUCUGAAGUUUUCAAGACAUCUUUAAUGGGUGAAAAAAUGGUAGUAAUGUGUGGUCCUGCCGCAAACAAGUUCUUGUUUGGAAACGUCAGUGGUUGGUGGCCAAGUUCUGUGAAACAGCUGCUUGGGAAGAGUUUAACUAACAGUCACGGGGACGAAGCUAAACACUUGAGGAAGAUGUUGUACUAUUUUGUUAGCCCAGAUGCUUUCUCAAAGCUCUACAUUAAGACCAUGGAGUUGAGUACUCAGCACCAUAUCAAGAAUCACUGGCAAGAUCACAAACUUGAUUCUGAAGUUCAUUCACGGCGUCUUGCAGAAAAGCAACGUCCCACACUGGGUCAGCCAUAAUCUUAUCUUCUAGAGUGUAAUAUGAAAGACGAGAUGCAAUAAAUAAAUAGAGUGUGUAUUUAAAUGAACGAUUGAGUAAGGACGGACCUAUUUAUAGAGGAUUGAAUUUGAAUGAGAGACAAAAAGGCGCGACUAUUCACCUCCAUACAUUAAUUAAAUUUUUGAUUAAAUUAAGAAAAUAAAUAUUGUGAUAUAAGU